AUGUCGACGCCAUUGUUGUUAUCACCAUCGCAGCUGCAGCAACUGCUUCUUUCUGAAUCUCCUACUGAUAGUGCCACCAAACAGGUAUCGAUCCUGGACUCUAGCUGGUUCAUGCCCAAUUCGCCGCGGAAGGCCAACGAAGAAUUUCAAGAGAAGCGCAUCCCUGGUGCACAGUUUUUAGACCUGGAUGAGGUGUCCUCUCCCCAUGAACUCGGCCUUAAACAUAUGAUUCCGAGUGAACGUCACUUUACCGAUGCCUGCGAGGAAUUCGGAAUCGACCCCACUUCUCAUGUAAUUUUAUACGAUACGCAUGGAGUAUUUUCAUCACCACGUGCACUCUUCAUGUUUAGAGCGUUUGGCCACGAGAAAUCUAGUGUCCUCGACGGAGGUCUGCCACGUUGGGAGGCAGAGGGUUUUCCAAUUGAGGCUAAGCCGCCGGUUCGUGCAAGGAAAUCCGUUUAUCCCACUCCUGUCUUCGAUAAGGGAAUGAUACGGUCCUACGAUCAAAUGGUGUCAAACUCAUUUACGGAUCUUCACUCGGACUCAGCCGUCGAGCUUGUUGUUGACGCUCGUUCCCGUGGUCGGUUUCUAGGCACAGAGUCAGAACCGCGGGCUGGCUUAUCAUCCGGUCACAUUCCUCAUUCGUUUUCCCUGCCAUUCACUGCAUUCCUGCAAACUCGUACUAUCCCUAAUUCUUCCGUGCAGUACUCCACCUUCCUAUCCCUUCCCGAAUUACGGAAUGCAUUAGUGAGCCACGUAGGCGAUCACGCGGAAGCCGUCAUCCAAGGUAAACGACCAAUCACCACGUCUUGUGGAAGUGGUAUGACUGCGGGGGUCCUCUGGUUGGGACUGAAGUUAUUGGGUGUCCAAAAUGUGGCAUUGUAUGAUGAGUCUUGGACCGGAUAUGCGAGCCGGGCAUCUAGCAAGAUCGAGAAGGCGGCAAACUGA